AUGGCCAUCUCUGGCUUCUCGUGCCUCGAAGUCUUGGAUACCGCUGGAACGGAACAAUUUGUCGCCUUGCAUGACCUGUACAUCAAAGCUGGGAGAGGAUUCAUCCUCGCGUUUAGUCUGACGGAUCAAUCGAGCUUGAAGGAGAUUGAAGUCUUGCGGGAACAAAUUGUCAGGCUAAAGGGCGACCGGGUCCGUACACCUCCCCUUCCAAAAGCAAAAUCGUUGGCCGCCGCGGUCCCUAUCGUUGUCGUAGGAACCAAGUCGGACCUGGUAGAAGAACGACAAGUGGACCGCGAUCAGAUGAUGAACAUUAGUCUGGGAUGGGGGGUGCCAAUUUACGAGACGUCAGCUAAGAAAAAUUGGCAUGUCAAGGACGCGUUUGAGGACCUCGUACGCCAGAUGCGGAUACGGUAUCCUAAUGUGCCGCGGACAAGGCGAAAGGGCAGCGGCAGAUCCCGCACAGAGUCGGCGCGUACGCACGGGCACCCUCCGGCACAAUCGAGUGUCCCCUAUGGAGAUGGACGAGAGAGCCCCAAGCCAGAUAAAUGCGUGGCGAUGUGA